UGGGAAACAUUUCUGGCUACAGAAGCGGAGGGAGUUUCGAAAUAUUUCUACUUAGCUACUGUUUAACACGUAAAUAUCAUGGUUUUGUCAGCAUGUUCGCAACCAAAUGAUGUAUAGCAUUUGACAGUAACCACUGUGGUUGAAGAGCUCAGUUAAGGCCUAUGUUUGGGACGAAUGCUCUGCGCAGUUAGCCAAAUUAGCUAGUUGGCUAACGCUAGUUAACGUGGGAUCCUGCGAUCUCAAUGACCUCCUCCUGAGUGUAUCAUCAAGAGGAAGAACCGAUGCUGUCCAUCAAACAUGGAGCUAAAAUUGGAGGUUGUUUUGUCGUCCAGCAUCAAACGAAAGAAACCAUGGCCUCGGUUCUGUUGGCUGGGAAAGGAGAAGGAGUCUGUGUUCCUGUUAGAUGACAAACGCAUCAGUGAGAUCAACAUGGUGUCUGGUCGUACCAAGAAGAGGACUCCUAAACUCCAUCCUUUGCUCAGUAAUGUGGUGACAAUGAGCUCAUCCCACAAUGGUAUGUGGCUUUGCGGACUUCUGGUCUCAGGAGAGCUUUUUCUGUGGAACAGGGAUAAAGACUUGCUGAAGACAACUGCAACGGUCCCAGAAGUUGUUCAUGUGAUUACUGCCGUUCAAGGUAAUGCCACCAGAUUGUCACUCCAGGUUUCAGGCGAUGGGAUGCGUGCAGUUCUGUCAGCCAUUACAGGCCAAGUGUUCCUUUGGGAGUGUAUGGAUGUCAGGGAUUUGACAGGUGUACGAGACGGCACAGUCAAGGGACACUGGGCACAUGUAUGCCCCCUUGAAGACUCCAUUCUGCCUUCUUCACAAGACAAAGAAGCAUCCCAACACACCAUCUUCAUCAAGACUGAGGUAAUGGGUGACGCCUGCUUAUCAGCCUUCGUCUUCACGUCUGCGAAGAAGCUCAUCAUCACCUGCCUGAAGAUUCAAUGGGAAGAGUGCCAUGUGAGAGUGGGUACUGUGGGAUACAGCAUACAGUGGGCCACCAAGACCUACCCCAUGUCUCGUUUCACCCCACCCUGCCAACCAGUGAAGUCUAGAGGUGCCUUGGUGCCAGCCUUCUCCCCAGAUGGCCAACUGCUGGCCAUCGUCCUGAACCAGAGACAGCCUAAGGCUACACAGAUCCUCUUUGUGAGCAUGCAGAACUUUGUCUCAAUAUCAAGUGGCCUCGGAGGAUGUGGAAGCAAGAAAUUGGAGAUCCCCUCUAAAUACAUCAGGUCCUACUGGGUGGGCAGCAUGAGCUGGUCACCAGGUGGUCUUUUCCUGGCCUGUGUUCUGAAGAGAGGCUCCCUUCUUAUGGUUUCCCGCCUCGGGGGGCUUCUCUCUCUAACAAGCUCUGGCUGCAAUGUUGACUUUGGGCCUGCACAGUUCCUACCCCUGCACCCUCUCGUCACUUACCGGCCACCAGUGUCUGCAGGGAAACCAGAGGCCUCUCUGUCCAGCUCUAGCUUGUCUGUGCGGGAUGUCCUAAGACAGCGGUAUUCUGUGACCUGGCAUCCGCGGUUGAUGUAUCUCAUUGUGUCUGAUGGCUACAUGGCCACAGUUAUGAGGGUGUUAAACAAGCCCUCUCCUGCCCUGCUGCUGAAAACACUUCUGAAGGACACAACCAAGGACCUUGAGAAGGCCAGUCGGACACUGGACAAAUCACAGAUUCAUGUGAGGGCAUGGCUGGAGUUGGUAUCUUGCCUGAACCUGGACAGCAGCCAUGAGGUGUUUGACCCCGCUGUUACACAUGCGCCCCAAACCACGGACUCUGUCUUUUCAGCAGCCACAGAUGGAGCCACUCUGCCACUUUUCCUGCAGGACCAGGGGACACUGGGUGGUACCAAGGAGCUUCUGGAAAAAGUGCAGACUUUUUUUGAGGACGACUCUGAUUUCGACGGCGCUCCUGCUGGCUCUCAUUUGGAGGAUGGUGGUCGUCUGGAGUUUGCCUCAAUGUUUGACACACUCCACGCCCUGGAUACACAGACAGACUCUGGCCUUGUCACCUUCACAGAUUAUGAAACGGACUUUGUUGAAACAGAGAGGAGGACACCUCUUGUUCAUCGUGAGCUUGGGAAAAUCCAGAGUAAGCUUCUAACAGCCUGGGCUUUUGGCAUGUCUCUUGGAAAUACAGUGAAAAACAGAAGUCGCCUGCUGAAGCAUACCCUCUACUGCGUGGUGCGAUUUGCUGCCUUACUCCACUUGAUCCCCAGCUCCGUGGGCCACACAGGGACAAAGAGUACCUUCGUUUCUGCUCGCCUGUUGCACCUUCUCAAAGCCCUUCUUUCUUUUCUUCCAUGGGAUGGCGCUCACUCAGAUGGACCACGCUGCCUUCAGCUGGUGGUAGAGCUCAGUAAACGGCUGAUACGCCUCCUGCUGACCCCUCAUUCCGAGACCCACCAGACUGGUCACUGUCAGAUAUCAUCUCAAGGUCUAUCCACUGUCCUGCUUAUCUUACAGCAGGUCUCCGAUUCUCUCGACCACACCUACAGCCUGAAGCAAAGAACUGUCUGGUCCUCUGCAGAGAAGAAGCCACUGCAGCUCUGGCCUUCAGAUGUACACCAGGUGCCUCUGUUACAGGAUGAUAAGGAAGAGAAAUCCAGUUUGAUACACCAAGCACUACCUGUUCCCCAGCGACCAUCCAGCAGAUUGUUCGGUGUGUGGAAAUGGGUCUACAAGGUCACCCAGCAGUAUAUGGAGGAACUGAAAAGCUUUAAAGGCUGUGAUGGCUGGGAUGAGGAACAGCAGCAGGUAUCUGUCAUCAUGUCCCAGAUCCAAACAGCUCUGCAGGCUACUGGAGAAAGGCUAGAGGAGGGUCCUGUGCUGCUGAGUUAUCCAGGUGAACAUCUUUUCCUGUGUGGCUCAUACCCAAAAAGUGCUGAUACAUGGCGGUCACAAAUUUGUGAGGAGAGUAACAAACGAUGUGAUCGAAGCGUCUUCAAGGAGAUUCAGCUUUGUCUGGCACUCCUCUACAGUCUGUUGUCCCAGUACAGCCUGAGAGAAGCCCAGGAGUUGGGGGACCACAUGGCCCGCCUGAUCCUUCACAGGGAUGGACGCCAGAGCUGCAUAACUGCAGACUCUCUUCCUUGUCCAUGGCUGCCGGUGGACCUUCACAGUGAAGCAGCUUAUGCCGUGGUUCAAACCCUGGGAAGAUUCAUGGCCUCUUAUUUCACCAACCAACCCCUCUACAUCCUUCCCCCUCACCACGUGGCUGUCCUGCCUCCUCUCCAUCUACCUCAAGCCCCCAGUGUUGGCCGUGUGGUGCCGCUGUGCCAGGAGGAGGUUUCUAAAGCAGUGCGACGACACCAACUGUCUGAAGUAUGGACGGUAGACUAUGCCCAAGACCUGCUCCUGCUAGGGGGUCUUCUCCCUGAGACGGUGUGGUUGGCUUCCCAUCUUGGGGACUGGAAGACAGCGGCCUCUCUGAGCCUGGCCUACGUGAAUUACUGCACUGACCACUUUGACUUCACUCAACUCAGGAGGAGAGAGCUCUACCUCCCAACAGUUUUAAAACCAGAGAGCAUUUUUCAGGUUGAGUUGGAAUGUCUUCUAGGCAACAAGUCUGACUCCCAAGAGUGUGGAGAUGAAGAUGGGGACAAGAGCUUGACAGAUCUUUUGGAGGGAGAGGACUGGGACGUGUUGCAGGUUUCCAUACAGGAGAUUCUGAGGGCUUCAGUCAUGGCCGGAGUGAAUGUUAUUUCCUCACCUUUGUGCACCUUGCUGGACACAGCCAAAGACCUGUGUUCUUGCCUGCCCGCCUUGGUGCCUAAUGGGCUGUACCUGCCUUCCCCACCUCUUUAUUGCCCUCAGCCUUCCCCCAACACACAGGACCCAGUAGGGACAGUAGGGCAGUUUGCAGAAGUUGCAUCACGUCACAAAGUGUCUGCAGUUCUUCAAAAAUUGCUGUUACUUCUGAGAUCUGCGCGCUGUUGCCAUCCUGCUGCCCAGUGGUACAUCAGCCAUCUGCGCCGUGCACGACACCUUCUACACAAGAUCAAGAAGAAGUACUCCUAUCCAUCAGCUGCUGAAGAAGAAAAGGCUUUCCCAGAGAGCCUCAUGAAGUUUGUCACCCGUGGUGGAUUCUUCAAACGGGGGCCUAAUAAAGACGGCCAACUGGACCCUGACACCAUCCAAACCAUUACCUGUUUCAGGGAGCUGUGCGGUUUAUGCUGGAUGCUUCAUGUCAGGGAUCAGCUCUCCAUUUCCUGCAGGAAGUAUCAGGCUGCCAGACAACAUGGCAGAGAUGAGCAGAUCCCUUCAGAAAUAAGAUCUACCUGUCUCGAUGCUCUCCACUGGGCCCGCCGUUUUCUGCCUUUCUCUUGCUUCCUCAAUGCUGAGGAGAUACUCCAGGACAUACUGCUAAGCCUGGUGUCUGAACUUCCUCCUCUCUCUCUGGUGGCAGACACACUCGUACGAGCCUUCCCAGAGGAGGAGGAGUCUGUCAGAGUCCCACUGAGAGAAAAGUAUAACACGAUGAUGGAGAGACUGAGGCAAUGCAACGUUCUUGAGGACGAUGAAGAGGAGGAGGACGAGCUGAUGAUGAUUGUUAUUCAGGACAAACGCAGGCAGAGGAGAAAACAUCUUGGGCGUUUGCGAAGGCACCUUGCCCCCCCAGAGCUUCAUCUGUGGGAGAAGGAGGAGGAAGAGGAGGACAGGGGAAGCAGACACGGGAUGGCCGUGUUAAGGCAACUCUCACUGGGUACAAGCCUGAGCACCAGCACUUUAACUGAAUGUGGGUUCCCACCAGUGUGUAGCGAUGGAGACACGGCGGAUAACACAUCGGAGGCUAUCUCUCCUGAAAGGCAUAACAGAGCAGUGACAAGGGGCAACAAAGAAAAAAAGCAAGAACAUGCAAAGAAGACUGCUGUUAGGCUUGAAAGCGUCAUCCAGGAGGAGAGUCACUCGGGUGACACCAAGGAGAAUGAACAGCCCUCCCUACCUGUAGUUGGCACCUGGGAGUUUGAGCUUGAAGAUGAUGAGUAUCUAAAUUUCCUUGAGCUCUUCCUCAGCUACAUUUUAGAGAAAGAUGGCGCCGAUGGGGGGGACUCAGGUGGUGAACUCCCUUUGUUGAAGGGUUUCUCCUCCCAGCUGAGGGAGAGAGAGUUGCAUUCUCUCACUUUCGACGUGCUGACAACUGUUCAUCGCCGUCAAAGAGAUGCGCACUAUCCAGCGAGAAAACACUUGGGAAAUGAUCUUCCAGUGUUCAGAGCUGGCUGCUGCUACAAGCCCGUGAAGCAAGGUGAGACACCUGAGCUGCAAACGUCUUCUGUCUGGAGUGAAGCCCCUAUAUCCAGAACUAGCCUUUCUGUCACCCCUCUGCCUGGGCUGAGAACUGGCAGGCAAAAAGGUUUGUUUGGCCUCCGGCAGCAGAGCAGUGUACCUGUUGGCCAAAGAAUGAAGGCAGGCCUCUUUGGCUCAGAGGGAAGUCCGAUUCGAAGUGCCUUUCCCAUGGGGCAGCCAUCAGAGAGCUUUACAUUUAGCCCCUCAACUUCUGUGGGAGCCAUGACUGAGUUACAGCAGGGACUGGACCUUAAAUUAGAGGCUCAGUUUCCUGAGCUGGGCAGGCUGCUGGAGUGGAUGGUACGCUGGUCUGACAGGAGGGCGUUACUCAGACAUCAUGGCAAGAAGAAGAAAGAGAGGGGAGGAGGCGUUGAUGGAACAGCCGAUGAAGGAGUAGUGAUUCGUGUCAAAGCUUCAGCACCUGCUGUCCUCACCUCCUUCAGCUUGCUGCAGCGCAGGUACGCUGCUUUUCUCGGGACGGACCACUGCAGUGCUCACAUCCAAGUUCCAGAGACGCAAUGGACUGUAGCCCCUGUGCUGCAACCUGAGGUGGAGAGGAACCUGGAGAGAGAGAGCAGUGUUGAUACAGGCUACCCUGGAUCAGCAAACACGAUCACUGGUCUCGAUCAUAAUCUCCAGCAAGUAGAACUAUCCAUUGGUUCUCGUACAGAUGAACCAGAGGACCUGACGUUUCUCAGGACACCGCUCCUUAGUGAACAAGAUCAGAAGACAUUUGUUGCUCAGCUGAGACAAUCCAGCCCAAAUCCUCCAUCUCUUGAAGACUUAGAUGUUACACCUGAAAAAGAGGGCAAAAGCAGUGCCAGUGAGGACUUGGAAGAGUCGGCCUCUGCCUCCGAAGGGAACAUCUCUGAAAACAUCUACUCGCCUGAAAAUAGUUUAAAGCUUGCAGACCUGGACUUCUCAGAAGGCGCUGACGACAUAUCCAGUUCGUUCUCUCUCCACAGUGAUGCUAAGACCGUGCAAGCCCCUCCACCCUCAUCGCCCCAAGCUCGCCCUGCUGUCCAGCCUGAGGUCCAUGCAGAGCUUCCUGCUCCAACUGGAGUGCCUUUCACCAACAUGCCUGUAGAUCCUCCAAGCCAUCAGCCGCAAAGCUCCACAGCUGGUGCACCCGCCGCUGAUUCUACAGCUCCGAAUCAGCUGUUAACCAAUCAAACUCCAGAAAUGAGACUGCGUCUUGGCGAAGACUUAUUCAGACUGGUUCAGAAUAUCAACUACAUGAGCCUGAUGGAGGUUUUGGGAGCUUCGUUUUCAAACCUGCAGCUUGCCCAGCAGAGCUCUUAUUUGGCCCAGUCUAACAUUAACUCAUCACACCCUCGUGUGCCAUCAUCCAAUGCUAACAAUUUUGUCCCUCAACCAAGUGCCUUACCCAUUCAGACUCCCAUGUCUGUGCCACCUCAGAUGCCAGCAUGGGCAUCAAGUUUUCAAUCCAUCAACCCUCAGUUCAGCCAGGCUCCUGCAGGUAUGAUUGCAGAGCAGCCUGACAAACAGAACUCAGGGAAAUCCUCUCCAACACACGUCCAGGAUGACACCGCCAGGAAUCUCCCACACACUGCUAAUGGUGUAAAUUAUCAGGAAAUGCAGCCACUUUCUGUCCAGGCAGUGUCACCGGAAAUCCAGUUUAAGGUCAACAGGAGGUUCAUCCCACCUUCACAAGGGCUUCUAGCCACUACUGAUGAGAGUCAUUGUGUCCCUGAGUUGGUGCCCUCAGAAGAUUGUUUACAAAGUGAUCCUGCUCCCCAGAUUUUGGGCUUGAAGUUGCUUCAGCUGCACCGUCCUCCGUUGGCUCAGCAGAGUGCCCCACAUUAUCCCCAAACCAUAAAUCCUCCAACCACAGAAUCACAUCAGCACAAGUUUAAAAACGUUAACCUGUCUGCCUCUAAGAAGACUGAAGAGGAAACAAGAAAUGUGAGUUUGAUUUCAAAGAGACAACCCAGUUUUAAUUCUUCAAGGGAUCCAACUCAGUCUAGGAUUCAGACAUCAGAGAGAUCCAGAGGGCAAGAGUUCUUGCUACUUCCCCCUGCUUUACCAGCUCACACACCGACGCAGGGCCUUCGUCUGCUGCAUUUUCAACAAGUUCCACAAAGUAACAUCACAUUCCCCAAACUACCCAUCCCGUCUUCCUCCAGGCCUGCUACGGUCAUUCCAGCUCCAAUGGGAGAAGCGCCUAUGAUAAAGCUACUACAUAUAGAGUCUGGACCAAAAAUGAUGUUGCCCCUGGCAGCUCCUUCAGCCCAAAUGACCCGUCUCAUGUCCAUGGAGGAGUUGGCGAGUUCAGUGAUCGGGAGGCAGCAUGCCGAAGAGGCUCGACCACGGUUGCUCAGAGUAGACCCACCAAAUGAAAGCUGCAGAAUAGCUGCUAGCUCUAAUUCCAGCAAGAGGCAGAAGAGGAGAGAGGAGAAGGCAUCGAGGACGAGAAAGACAGAAGUCACAUUCAGACCGAAUGACUCUAUCAUCCUUCCACAAGAGCCGGUAAAUGAGCCUGCAAGUGAUGAGCCAGCAGCCACAGAACGGAUCAGUCCUGGACAUGAUGCUGCUGUUCCAUGUGUCUCGGGGUCCUUUGAGUCUUUGCUGACUGGUCAGAGAUUAUUGGACAAGGCUAUGGCCACUUCAGCUGAGUUGCAUGCGUUUGCUUCCACACGUAAAAGACCUCCAGAGUGCCAUGAUGCCUUCACCAACACAGACCCAGCUUGUCCUCCUACACUUUUGGAUAAAGCUGUGUCUGCCUCUGUGACUGCUAGUAGCUCUAAAAUACAAAGUUCAGGGAAUCUACAGUUGUUUAAUGAGAGCUGUGUUCAAGACACACAGGGACCAGAGGGGAAUCUGGAUCUGGGUGGCCGUCAGUUCAUAAGCAUCUUAGAUCUGGAAGACAAAGCACUGCAUCAAGAUCUGCCACCCUCUCUCAGCAGAGGAGCUCCAGAUGUUCCUUCCGACCGUCCUCCUUCACCUACGUCUGCUCAGCUUCAUGUGCUCGCAACAUCCGUAAUCAGGAGUGCUGCUGCUGUUGCUGAUCCAGAUCCCUUAGUCACAAAUCCAGUCCCACCAACCACUCCCACAGAUAUCCCUGAGGAGUCGCCGUCUCUCAGCCACAUUGAGCCCAAUAUGGUUGCAAAGAGAAGUACCCCACAAGACAUGGCGUAUCCAAUGGAUUCUGAAAUCUGUCAAGCCAUCAAAAACCAGAGUGUUGGACCUCAGAGUGCCUCAUCCUCGUUCACGCCUCCGUCAGUCUCGUUCUCCUCUCGCCUGUCAGAGCUGGACACUCAGCUGGCUGCUCUACAGAACAUUGCAGACUAUCUGGAGGAGGACUUUUCCAACUCUAGGAUGCUGUUGAACACGAUUGAAAAGCUCACACCAGUCUCGGCUCCUGAUGUGAAGACUACAAAGGCAAUAAGAAAAACUGUCAGACUGUCUGUCCCACAGGAAGCUUGGAUGCCACGACUGGGCGUUGGACACAGUGAACUAAAUGUCCUUGAAGAGGAAGAAGAAAAUCCAGAAGAAGAAAUUGUGGUUCAUAACGACGAAAGGAAGCCAUCGUUUCACUAUUCAGCUCCUCGCAGUCACAAUGCUGGUGCUUCGUACCUUCUCACACCACCAAAAACAAGAGAUCAGCUGGCUGAAGCAUCUGGAGUAUCACCUGGAUGGGAAGAUGAGAAUCUGGGUCAGACUGGGCUAUCCGAUACAGCAGAAAUGUUAGACGAGUUGGUGAGGGAGGGCUAUUUGUCCCUGACUGACCUGGAUUUGUCCACCUCACAGUCUGCACAUCAGAGCAGCAGGCCGGACCAGCAGCAAAGUAGCUGGAUGUCGCAGAAACGUGUCCGCUCAGAGGACGAGAGGAGAGAGCUAAGGAUCUGGAUGAGAAGGAAACAGAGGGAACAACUGGCUGUUUAUCAGAAACAAAGACAGAGCCUGAGGGAAAGGGAGCACAAACCUUUUUCUACCUCUGGGACAGCGAAACCAGCAAACAAGAAUGAAAGAACGAAGUGGAGAACCAGAGAGGAAAAGGAAAAGUUCAUGCUUCUAGAGCAGUACAACCAGAGGACCCGAGAAGCCUGUUCUUUGGCUGCUGACUCUCCCACCAAUCCGCCAACUUUACUCAUCUCUUCACGGGCUGAAGGUUCACCAAUGCCCCCAACCACACGAUCCAUUUCUGCUCCACCCACUGCUGGCACUCACAGUGCAUCUGCCAAAGAUAAAAGAAGUCUUAGGUCAGGACAAGCUCAACCCCACCUUCGUCCAUGGACUGCUGAGAUGCAGGAAAGACCUUCAGAGGACCACCGCAGGAGGCUGGGACUGCACAGACCAGUGACCUCUCUGCCGAGGGACCGUCUGUCUCAGGUGACCAGACGUGGCAUGCUCACUUACACAAAGAGCCAAAGUCAACCACCCACAGCCAGACAGAGUGAGGAACAGCAUGUUGGAUACCAGAGAAAGGGCCUGAGCAUAAAAACCUCAGGUGGGCCUGCUGCAGGGAGAGGAGUCCCACAGGAGCCGGCGAGGAAGGAAGAGAGAGAUGAGGCGGACCUUUGGGAGCCCACUUCAGAAUUAAAUCUGCUGGAACCAGAGGAGUCUGACAUAGAUUUGGCCGGACUGUUGGAUGAGCAGGAUGAUGGUGCCAGAGGUGGUGUGUCCGACAUGGACUGGCUGGACAACCUUUCUGAGACCGGCAGCAGCGUCCUCAGCAGAAUCGACUGGGCUGCUAUCGAGAGGAUAGUGGCUGGAGAGGAGGCUUGAGCUUGAGAUUCAGUGUCAUGUUGACACUUUCUUAGAAAAAUUUAAAUAUUUUAGGAAAAGUAAAAUGCCUGUUGAAUACACUGUAAUUUAGAGCCAUUUUAAAUUGUGUCAAUAUAAAUCAUAGUUUAUAAUCAGCAGUAAUAUAAAUUUUGCCCAGAGAUAUUGAUUUUUAUACUGAUGAAGUUUAAAGAAAACAAUAUGUUAGCAUUUUCAUUUUCAUAUGACUUGUAAUAGAAUAUUUGUUGCAGUGACAUCUGCAGUGAAAGAUAUCGGUGUCUGUCUGUCUGCAACAUUUGUGUUUGUAAAUAUAACAUUUUCUAUAUUUCUAAUUUAUUUUGUACAGACUAUUAAAUAUCUGUAUUUGAGCAUUUUA